GCGUCGCCCCCCGCUUAGGGUGGGAGACGCCACUGGGGGGUUGUGGCUGGUAAUUUAGGGUAUCCUUUGAGGGCUUCAGUAAUCUUCAUAAUCUUUGCUUGGAGUACUAGAAGGAUUUGGCGCGAAGCUAGAGGGGUUAUACAUCAGAGAAGUCUUUUGUGUACAGGUCGUUAUUGGAGCCAAAAGGGAUUUUAGUGAAGUAGUUCAUUAAGUGCUGGUGAAUGGAUUUUAUUUGUUGGAAGCAAUAGUUCGUGUUCGGGAUUUUUUGGAGCAAUCGGAACUUUUUGGAAGGGGAGAUCGAGGAUGGAUGAAGCAGCAGAGGCACGUCUGAAAGCCUACGUCAGCGACAGCAACGACGCACUCGAAUUCAAACUAGUGCGAAAAGAAGAGGACGUGGAAGACGAUGAGACGUCCUUCUCACCCGAGAUGUCCCACCAGGUGUUCGGCGACAGCGAAUCAAUAUUCGGGUACAAGGAUUUAAAAGUCAAGUUGUACUAUUCGGCGGGUUGUUUGGAAACCUACCUGGGUAUGAGCUACUCCGAGAAACUCCAGACCGAUAUGUACGAAGGGGUUGAACCUGAUGAGGUUCUUUCCAAGAUGACAGAGAAACUGCCGCCCAAAGUUCAUGAUAAGUUGGAUUCCUUCAUCAAGUCACUGGCUCAGGAUGAAAAUUUUAGGCCAGCUGGUGAAUUAUUACAUUCAUUUUCAGUUCAUGAUAAUGAUCAAGUUCGUCAUUUCGAGGUCUACAAAGCUGAUAUGACUUGUAAGGACUUCAAAGAAUAUCACGAUCGUCUCCAAACAUUUAUAUUGUGGUACAUCGAUGCAGCAAGCUUCAUUGAUGUAGAUGACGAUCAAUGGCAUUAUUUCAAUAUGUACGAAAAAUACACAUCCACAUCUGGGAGUCCUUGUUAUGCGACAAUAGGAUUCGCAACAGUUUACCAAUACUACGCAUAUCCCCAUCACACCAGACCUCGAAUAGCACAAAUUCUGAUUCUACCUCCCUUUCAGAAAAUGGGACUGUGUGCUCACUUACUCAAAGCUAUCUAUCAUCAGUACAUUGGAAGAAGUGAGGUUAAGGACAUCACUGUCGAGGAUCCAGCAAUCUCUUUUCAACGUGUACGUGACUACGUGGACGCCAUGAACUGCAUGAGCCUUUCCAGCUUCAGUCGAGAGCUCCUGUUACAGAGUUUCAAUAAAGAAAUGGCUAAUGAAGCCAGGGAAAGGUUCAAAAUUAACAAGAGACAGGCGAGACGAGUUUACGAGAUUCUGAGACUGAAAAUGACUGAUUUGUCGAAUGAACAGGAGUACAGGGAGUACAGACUUGCUGUCAAGAGACGUCUCAAUAUUCCCUAUAAGAGAGAGCUUCAUGACUUGAGGAAAUUGGAGUCUGCCCUUAAGAACUUGGACAAAAAGGGAAGUGUCGCUAUACCACCUGCUGAACAGAGAAUUCAGGCACUUGAGAAGGAGUAUCGCGCUCUUGAGGAGGAUUACAAGAGAGUCAUACGGAGACUCGAAGAGGCCUCGGAACAAUGAAGUGGAGGAACUUUGAGUUUUGCAUGUUUUGCGUUAUAAAUUUUUAAUACGUUCAUACUAUUGAUUGAUUGGUCAACAGAAAACGUGGGAAAUGAAUCUAAUUUGGAUGUAAACAAUAUUGCAGGAAAUAUUUAACAUUUUCAGUCACACGUUUUAUGAGUUUAUUUGCAGUUCUGGUGAAAUUUGAUUUAGUAACUUGAGGGCUGGUCUCAUUAUUUGCAGAACGAGAUCUCAUUCAAUUAUUUCGUUCAAUUUUUAAUUAAAUGUUUUAAUUUGAUUAUCUGUCAGGGUGACCUUCGAUUAUUAAUUUGGUUUGAAAAUAACGUAACAAAAAUGUGAACAUUUUGGAAAAGCUUUUUGGUGAAGUUAUGGGUGGAUAGUUUUGUUGAAGAGGAUAUUAAUUAAUAUAAAAAUAUCUAGUUGUGAUGCACCAAAGGAUUUCCUGCGUCGUCUUAUCUUUAUCUUUGAUGGUCACCUGCAGAUCUUUAAUAAAAAUAUCCCCUUUUUCUAAACAAAUUAAUGGUUAUCGAGUUGCUGAUGAGCUAAUAAGUUGAAAUUUUUAGAUAAAAAUUCAAAGAAUAAUUGUUUUAGAUGACGUUCUAAGGAUAAUGCAACCGGUCCUCGAGGAGUAACUGGCGAUAUCCUCCGGUGUUUUGUUUUUUUGCGAUUUUCUGGAAAACCGCUGAUGAUUUCGAAACGAGUAAAGCUCAUUUUUUAAUUUCAUUAUUAUUUAAUGGCUCACGAAGUUGGAUCGCGAUGAAAAAACUUUUCUACGUUUUCACGAGACUUGUAAUUAUCCACAAAAAUUUGAAUUAAAGUCUUCAGGAAUAGUCACAUCGUGGGUAUGAAUUUUCGGGAGACCUUGGAAGGGGGUAGACCCUGAAAACAGUUUUUCUAGUUUAAUCUAAUCAGCCGUUUUCUAGAAAAUUGCUAAAGAAAGUGGAAUUGGAGGAUAUUGGUUUGUUAAGGUAAAUAGCAAGAUUUUUUCAGCAUUUUUUCAUGCGGUAAUAAAGUUCAAUUAUGUUUUUCAAGAUACGGUCUACUCCCUUCUGAACAUUAUCUAGAUUUUUUGGUCUAGAAAGGCGUGGAGAUCUACUACGUGAUGUAGAAAAUUAUAAAUAUAUUAAUGAUUUAUGUGCAGUGUA